AUGGUAUUCAACCGGGAAGGGGCCAUUCCGGCCUCAUGGGCCUGGAAGAGAAUGCUGCGCUUCGUCGUCAUCUUCCUCGCCGUCGCCGGUUUCGCGACUUUACUCUGGCCCUCCCACAAGCAACACGCCACUCCCAUGCGAACCCAAUCCAACAACAUCACCAUUUCCUCAAAAGUACAAUGCGACCCGGAUGUCGACAUGCUGCAUCGCUUGAAUAUCAAAAAGCUGGCUGACUACACCCGCCGAGAGAUCGUGGUGGACUUCAACCCGAACCCGCUCGCCGUCAAGCAGAAAGUCGACCAACCGCUGUGGGGCACGAAGUUGAUGGGGCCCCCCCUCACCCUCCAAGUGCCCGUUCCCCCCAAAUCGACCGACGCAUCGCACAUUGACUUUGGCGUGGCGACUACUGUUUCCCGAUUGAACGAGUCACUAGAUCAGUUUCAACACUGGGCCGGAUACACUCGAACUCGCAUCUUUGCGCUGAUCGAGCCCGAUGAGACGAAAAAGGGCGUCCAAGAGGUGAAAAUCAAGGCAGAGAACCUAGGGAUCAACCUAUUCAUCACGGAAUCAGCCGAUGACUACCUCCAUCGGUACUUCGCUCUUGUAUCUCUCUUGGAGAAAAACAUGCGCGAACAGACGAAAUGGGCCUGUAUAAUCGAUGACGACACCUUCUUCCUCUCCAUGCCCGCGCUGGUCGAUGCCUUAGCCGAAUAUGACCACACCAAGCCGUACUAUAUCGGCGGUGUCUCGGAAGGUCUUCCCCAGAUUGCCGUCUUUGGAAUAAUCGCGUUUGGAGGCGCUGGCGUCUUCUUGUCGCGACCGCUGUUGAACGAUCUAGCCGUCGUAUACGACGACUGCCAGCAGAUGACUUUCACCGGCGACCGCCGCAUUGCCAACUGCAUCUAUCAGUACACCACCACCCACCUGACCAUCGACCACCGCCUUCACCAGCUGGAUCUUAUGAAGGAUGCCUCGGGAUUCUUCGAGUCAGGCCGCGAGGCGCCUCUGUCCGUGCACCACUGGAAGUCCUGGUUCGAAGCCGACAUGCCCAAGCUGAGCGUGAUCUCCAAUCUUUGUGGGGAAUCGUGUCUGCUGCGCCAGUGGCAUUUCGGUGAUGGUUGGGUCCUGACCAACGGUUUCUCCGUCAUCAAAUAUUCCCUACCUGUAGAGAAUGAGAUCGCCAUGGAAAUGACCUGGGAGCCGCACAACGGCGCUACCGAUGAGUCUUACCUGCACGAACUCGGCCCGCUCCGCCAGAGAGACGAUGGCAAAAUUAGCUUCCAGCUGGUGGAUGCAGUGAGCGAGCCGAACGGUCGCGUGACACAAUGGUACAUUCUGCGUGACAAGGAUGGCGACCAAGUUUUGGAGCUCUCAUGGCGAAAGCGGUGA